UCAAACAUAACAUAUUCUCCUCUCUCCCUCUCUGAUCUUACAAAACAAACAUGGCAGCUGAUUUUGGGAAGGGGAAGAUGGUAACAAUUUUGAGUAUUGAUGGUGGUGGCAUUAGAGGCAUUAUUCCCGGAACUAUUCUCGCUUUUCUCGAGUCUAAGCUUCAAGAAUUGGAUGGCCCAGAUGUGAGAAUUGUAGAUUACUUUGAUGUAAUGGCUGGAACAAGUACAGGUGCCUUGGUCACCUCCAUGCUUUCAGCUCCCAAUGAGAACAAUCGACCUUUAUAUGCUGCAAAGGAUCUCACUAAAUUCUAUUUAGAACAUGCUCCAAAGAUCUUCCCACAGAGGAAUCAUCUUUUAAGUUCAGUGGUGAAUUUAUUCGGAAAAGUUAUGGGCCCAAAGUACGAUGGCAAAUACUUGAGGUCAUUGAUAAAUGAAUUGCUUGGAGAUCUAACAAUUAAGCAAACAUUAACCCACGUUGUUAUUCCAACUUUUGACAUCAAACUUCUUCAACCCGUGAUUUUCAACACAAUCGAGGCAAGAUGGAAAGAGUUGCAGAAUCCAAGGUUGGCAGAUGUUUGCAUUAGUACUUCUGCAGCACCAACUUUUUUUCCCGGUCAUGAAUUUCAAACUAAAGACUCCAGGGGAAAUACUCGUAAUUUUGAUAUGGUUGACGGUGGAGUUGCUGCCAACAAUCCAACAUUAGCUGCCAUAACCCACGUUACAAAAGAGAUAAGCCUCUUGAGAAGAACAAUGGAGUUUAUGAAGAUAAAACCGAUGGAAACAAGAAGGAUGUUGGUCCUUUCUUUAGGAACUGGUGCACCUAAAAAUGAUAGCAAAUAUUGUGUAUCAAAGUCUUCUAAAUGGGGUAUGCUUGGUUGGGUCUACAGCAAUGGAGCAACACCUAUAGUUGACAUUUUCAGUGAUGCGAGUUCCGAUAUGGUCGACUAUCAUAUUUCUAGCAUCUUCCAAUCUACCUACUGUGACAAACAUUAUCUACGUAUUCAGGAUGACACGUUGACCGGUGACGUAUCAUCGGUGGAUAUUGCAACUAAAGAUAAUUUACAGAAGCUUGUAAAUGUUGGGGAGAAUCUACUGAAGAAACCAUUGUCAAGGGUAAAUUUGGAAUCGGGAAAGUUUGAACCAGUUGAUGAAGGCACCAAUGAAGAAGCUCUCUUUGAAUUUGCUAAAAUGUUAUCAGAAGAGAGAAAGUUACGAUUGAGCCCUUAG